AAAAUUAAGAUAAUUCUAGAAUAUGGCUCAGAAUCAACAUGUUAGUGUGAUUAACACAUUUUGAAUGUCAUGGCGUAUAGCGUCGAUCAAUAUGUAAAUGAAUUCAAAUAACUUGUGGCAUUGCAACUAAGUAGGUCGAAAAAAUUCUACAAUUUAUAUUUUUAACGUCUAGAAAAAUAUAUACUUAACAAAGUAAAUAAAUAGAUACCUAUCUUAAAUAGCUAGUGUUAUUUGGGUUAUCCCACUGACUAACUAUUUUAAGCUAUCACCAAAUUUAUUUUGUCAUAUUUUCAGCCUGAUGAUUAACUAGGAACACCUCUAGAACACCUUUUUUGGACCUAUGGUUAAAAAGUUAGAGGGGGGGGACACAUUUUUUUUUCUUUCGGAGCAAUUAUCUCCGAAUAUAUUCACUUUAUCAAGAAAUGUUAGUUUUGAUAGACCUUUCCAACGAUAUCCCACACUGGAGGGUUAAAGCAAAAAAAAAAAAUCACCCCCACUUUAGGUGUAGGGGAGGUACCCUAAAAAAAAAUUAAAUUUUUAGUUUUUAUUGUACGAUACUUUAUUGAUUUAUAUAUCCAUGCCAAAUUUCAGCUUUCUAGCACUAUCGACCACGGAGCAAAGCCUCGGACAGACAGACAGACAGACGGACGUGGCGAAACUAUAAGGGUUCCUACUUGACUACGGAACCCUAAAAAUGUUCGUGUCGUUCAGUUUUAGAGUAGUUACGAAAUCGGCUGUCGCUGGAAAAAUAUAUUUAUUUUGAUAUUUUGUCAGUAUUGCCAUUAAAAUAAUGAUUUUAGUGGUAACAACUGAGAAUAAAAAUCCCACUAGUUACCAAAGAGCAUAUAAUCACUACGUUUUACUAGUUACUGCCGGUUGGUGAGAUACCUGUCAAUAAUAUGUAUUGUUUGUUAUUUUAUUGUACCUACCCGCCCAAUAUAUGACGCCAAGGCAUGCGCAUUGGAAUAGCCAUUCUAUAUCAGCUAUCAAUAGCAACAUUGUGUGCAUAUAUUUAAAAUUUUAAGUGUGGUUUCUGUCAUCCGCCCAGGGUACUACGAUCUUUUGACGUCAAUAACCCAAUUAAGAUAAUAAGAGUCAAACGUACCUAUAUUCUUGUUUACAAAGAUAUGUCUAAGUUAGAUAAUACACUUACACAUAGGUAUGUACCGCAGUUAUUGGCUUGUAUUUGUUAUAUUGAGUGAACGCGUUAAGUUAAAUUGAAUUUAUAGAAAUCAUAAACGCUAUUGCGAAAAUGUUAUUUACGGUAUUCUUGUUUUUGUUAAUAUCUGCGAGCGUUCUUAGUAGUAACAGCAAUACGAACACCGUGAACGGUGAACAAUAUAUUUUCGACUUCACUGGGCCGGACGGCGUGGAAGGAUGGCAGGAACAAUCGGAUACCGUGCGCUCUGUGGGAAUGUCCAAAGCAGUUCUAGUCAUGCACCAGAACACUGAAUACAAACGAGCGAUAUUCUUCGCCCUGCUGAAUCCUCAGACAAAUGGGGCUGGGUUCGCUGGAGUCAGGGCUUUAAGGAAAUAUGAUCUGACGGGGCACACGAAGUUGCAGUUGCGGUGCCGUGCCCAGGGACAGUUCAACGGCUUCAAAGUCGUCUUACGGCAUAAGGAUUUAAACAACGAGCCAAAUUGUUCCUUUGAACAGUAUUUCCAAGGUCCAAGGAAUGAAUUUGCUGUCCGUGAUCUGCCCUUUUCGGAAUUCAAAGCAUAUUAUCGUGGCAAACGAGUCAGUAACGAGACCCUUGAUAUCUCCCAAAUAACUAGUAUUGGUAUCCAAAUGUACGGAGGAGUGUACCAGCCUGUUAAACAGAAAGGUCCUGCAACUUUAGAGAUAGAUUGGAUAAAGGCAGUAUAGCACCUGUGAUCUAAGAGUAAAAAUGAUGAGCGAUUGUUAUGUAAAUACAUAUUUUUAAUAUGAAA